UUCCCGGCAGCACUUGAAUGCAACAUUAAAAGGGAGUUCCAGAACAGAUGCCAUCAACACAUCAGGUGUGAUCGUCAUUAUUUACAGUCCAUGGUGUUAUCAUGGUGCAGCUGAUCUGGUGGGGAGACGGCUCCAGUGGACAGUUCGGUGCUCAGACUGCCCUCAGCCCGGUUUCCUGGUCUGUCCCCAGGGGCAUCACCGACAUCUGCUGCGGAGAAAAGCAAACUUUAUUCCUCACCAAGGAUGGAUGGGUUUUAUCAUGUGGUCUCAAACCCCAGGGACGAGUUGGACGAAAGAAACGUAAACAUGCCGAUACUCCAGGUCGUGUGGAGGGUCUGGGUAAUGUGGUGUCUUUGGCUUGUGUCGGAUCACUGUCUGGCUUUGAGUGA